AUGCACCAUCACGCCGCCGGCGGGACGGCCAUCGAGCCCGAUACAUUCUCCGACAGCGACUCGGCAUAUACUGGCUCCAUCAGCCAGGCCAGUUACACCACCAGUCUUACAUCCAGCGCAUUGAAUUAUCAAUAUGAGAAUGGACGCCGAUAUCAUUCCUACCAUGAAGGGGAAUAUUUUUUGCCAAAUGAUGAACGAGAACAAGAUCGUCUAGAUCUGAGUCAUCACAUUUACUCAAUGCUUCUCAAUGGAGAACUCCAUUUAGCCCCAGUCACAAAACCCCCCAGAGUAUUGGACUUGGGGACAGGGACAGGGAUAUGGGCCAUUGAUUAUGCAGAUGAGCAUCCAGAUUCUGAAGUUAUCGGAAUUGAUCUAAGCGCCAUCCAACCAUCAUGGGUACCACCCAAUUGUCGAUUUGAAAUUGAUGAUUUUGAAGAACCGUGGUCCUACAGUCAACCAUUCGACUUCAUCCACGGCCGAGAGCUGGAAGGGUCCAUUCGCGACCAUUCGCGACUUUUCGAGCAGGCCAUGGAAAACCUCAAGCCCAACGGCUGGCUUGAGAUGUCUUCGAUGGAACCCACUACGUACUCAGACGACGAGACACACCUCAACGCGAAAUGUCUUCAAGAGAGCAUUCGGAAUUUGCGCUCAGCAUCCAAGUCAUUCGGGAAGGAUCUCGCCAGUCUACCGACAUGGAAGGACCGGAUGGAGAGCGCGGGGUUUGUGAACGUCCAAGAAGUCGUGUACAAGCUCCCCCAAAGUCCCUGGCCCAAAGACCCCAAGCUCAAGGAGCUCGGUCGAUAUCACCAGCUCAACAUGCUUGAGGCUAUGCCCCCCUACACAUAUGCGUUGUUCACACGCAUGCUGGGGUGGCAGCGAGUCGAGAUCGAGGCCCUGUUAGCGGGUGUACGGAGCGAGUUGAAGGAUCUGUCCAAUCAUUUGUACACCAAGGUGUACAUGGUAUAUGGCCAGAAGCCAGAGCAAUGA